AAGCGACUCCUCGUGAGUCCUUCAGUUCCCCUCCGUAAUGAUCGGCUUCAAAAUUUAGUUCUCUGCUAUGGAAAGAAAGCCCGAUUAGUAUUCUCAGUGAUUUGUCCACCAUUUAUCACGAAUGUGCAGAGCAAUUUCAACAAAACUUGUCCUUUGGUGAGCGUUUGUCGAUGGGACAAGUGCUCAAGAAAGUGAAAGAAAACGGUGAAGGUAACGAGGAUGAUCACACCGAAGGCUUUCCAGAUCUUGCUAGCUGGCCACCAGAGCUGAGCCUUGCAGUGCUGUCACACUUGAAUGCCACAGACCUCUGCUUGGCGGCGUGUGUGUGGACCCACCUUGCCCAAGAUGAAGUCCUCUGGCACAGUUUGUGCAUCAGCCAGUGGGGCUACACCAGCAUCUAUGGCAUGCCUAAGGAGCCUGGCUUCUCUUACCGGCGGCUAUACCUGCAGCUCGACGAGGGAACCAUCACAUUCAACGCAGACGCAGAGCUGGGAAUGCAAUACUUCAUUUCUCAGCGGCUCGUGAAAGAUGUCCCCAUUGAAAUUGCCAGGUUCCUGCACAAUACCAAGAGGCUCAACUCUCGCCAAACUCGGCUGUACUUGGAGUCAAGACGGCAGGUCCUGGAUCACCUGGUGGAGCUCCAAAACUUUGAAAACCAGCACUUGCCGGAGGCACUGCGGCGCUUCUUCCAAAGCCUACAGGCGCCCAACACACAGAACAGCUACCUCAGGACCCUGCUGGAGAAAUUCUCGCUGCGCUUCUGCAAGUGCAACCCUCACUUGGGCCUCAGCUCAGACAUGGUGUACAUCCUGUGCUUCUCACUCAUCAUGCUCUCAGUCGACCUAAGCAGUCCCCACAUCAAGAACAAGAUGUCCAAGCGCGAGUUCAUUAGAAAUGUUCGUCAGGCUGUGCACCGAGCAGAUGAUGAGCUUUAUGGACACCUGUACGAUGAUGUCUACCUACGCGGACACGUUGCCCCAAACUCCGAGGACUGAAGGCCGUCCAGUGACAAAAAUUUAGUUUUGUUAUCUCCUGCCUUUCCCUUACCCUUCUCAUGUGUCUUGAAAUUCACCUUCGGUCUCAUCAGUCUUAUUGUCUUUGUUGCCCAGUCUACCUAUGGCUGUGCUUGUGGUUGUGACACAUACCAGUAGCAUCGUUUCACAUUGUUUUUGGUAGUUAUGUGAUGGCCAUGAUUUUAGUGCAGGUGUUAAGUGCAUGUCAGUGUUUUGGUCUCAUCAGGUAGUGUUUGUGUCUAGGCCCACUGGCCAAGAUCAAAGUGUCGUGUCAACUGUAGUUCACCUGACACACCACCUAACCAACGCUUUUCUGCUCAGUACUCGCACAAAAUGCUCUGCAACUGGAACUAAUGCCAACCUCAUGCUUGCAUCAAGCAUUGUUAUGUGAACAUUCAUUUAAUGUACUAACAUUUUCUUGAACCAUAACUGUUAGUAGUCACAACUUGCAUUGCUCACCACAAGUACUUGCUCAGGUACUACUAGCAAAGCACCUGCCAAAAAAAAAAAAGCAUGUUGGGUUUUAAGUAAUAAGUUGGUUGUUUAGUGUGGCUGGCGCAAGGGUCUGUGAUCCAGUUUGUGGACAAAGGCAAUAUCUGCAAGAUACUACCCUAUAUUUACAAAUGCAGACACGCUUUCGAAGAAGAAAAAAAAAAAAACACCCUGGACUACUUUAGUGCUAACACAUAUGUGGUAUCUUCAGACACACAAACAUAGAGCAACUUUGUGGCCAAUUUGCUUCUAAACCAAUCAUAUUUGCCACAUGUCAGUCGCGGUUGAGCGCGCUUUUGCAGAUAGUGCAUGAAAGAGCUAGUCAUACUGCUGUAGUGAACUGAACUUGCUAGUCUAGAGCAGGUGCAUCUAUUAUUUAUUGGACAUUGUUCUCUCACAUGAAUAAAGCUUGUUCAUUGAA